CAGAGCGAGGAGACUCUCCAGACUUCAAAUUCUAAGAACAUUACAACUCACUUCAGAAAUGAUCCGACUCAACAACGCACAAUAUUUCCACUUCCUGCACCGGGCCGACGCCUUACGUCGCUCGGGUUCAUUAUGUGACGCCGUCAUCUCCGUCAACAAUCAAACUUUUAGGGCUCAUCGUCUGGUGCUGGCUUGUGCGAGCACCAAACUUGCACAGAGCCUAGACCAAGAAGAGCCAGACCACCAGGUCCACUGCACGCUGGAGGAUCUCUCACCCAGAACCUUCCAACAGGUCCUGGACUUUGCCUACACGCAGACUUUGGAGGUGUCUGUGGAUGACCUGCAGAGGCUACUCUCAGCCGCUCAGAUGUUGGAGAUGCGAUCAUUGGAGGAAGAGUGUCAGCAUCAUUUGGACUUACUCCUCCGCAAGACGGAAAAGGAAAGGGGCGGCGAUGAGGAAAUGCAUGAAAAGAAAAAGACAAGAGAAGAGGGCAAAAUCCAAGUGAGCACAGAAGACCUAAAGUCGGUAUCCACUUUCAGCAGAGACAGCGUCAUCACCAGCUCGGUAUCCAACAUGAUGUCCUCUUCCCCUUGGAUGUUCCCUAGCCACAUGUGGAGCCCUGUGAGCACCCUGAGGCGCAUAGCAGAGAACUACUCCAACUUUAUAGCAGCUCAGCCCUCUGCGGCACACACGGUCACCCUCCCCACCUCCCGUAUCUUACAUUUGCAGGGCAACCGAUACCCAAACACCACAGCCGCUCACUGCUCUGUAGUAACAAGCUUGCAUUAUGCACAAAAUCACUACACUGCCUCUGCACGGAUGGUGAGCAGCAUCGAGGAAGGUCUGCACGUAAGAAGAAAAAAGGCCAAACUGAAGGUUGACAAGACCACUGAGUUGAGCUGCCCUAAUGUGCACCGAGCUGACACCGUUACAGGCUGCACGCACUGUAGUGAACCAGUGCAGCCGGAGUCAGCCUCGUCAUCACCAGUGGAAGCCCGUGCAAGGUGUCGACUCUUUGAGAAAGAUCGGCAUUCCCAAUCCAAUGGACAAGACCUCAGAGGAAGACCCUACCAGUGCCUACACUGUCCCAAAAAGUUUAGUCUCAAACAUCAACUGGACGCACAUCAUCGAGUUCACACAGGUGAGAAGCCCUUCGAGUGUCGUCUAUGCGGCCAGCGCUCUCGUGACUUCUCGGCCAUGAUCAAGCACCUGCGGACUCACGGUGGUGCGUCUCCUUACCAGUGCACCUUGUGUCUGGAGUUCUGCAGCAGCCUGGUCGCCAUGCAGAGGCACGUCAAGAGCCACCCGUUGCAUGACUUCCCCUCGGACUGGAGCAUCAGCAGCACCUACCUGUACACAUCACAUACAAGUCAACACUCACAUAAGCAAUAAUCCAGAAGAAUUUUAGAAAGACUCUUACCUUUACUUUUAGAUUUAUUAGCCAGUAGUUAACGUCUCUGUAUACUUCUAUGACAGAUAAAAAAAAAACAAUGGCCAUUUAGUUAAUAAAGGUUUUAUAACAGUUUGAGACCCAUCUGAUAAUUCCCUUAAAAUGAUUUUAUACGCGAAAAAGUCAACCAGCCUCAUUCGACUUUGGAUGUUCUACUGUACAGUAUACUGUAUGCUACUGCACUUAACAUGCCGUGAUAUCACACAUUAUUCAUAGUUUAAAAAAUAAACAAAUACAUACAUCAUGUACAUAGUACAACAUGUGAUGAAACAUCUUUAUUUAAGCAAAUAACAUCAUAAAUAAAAAAAGUGCAUAGAAAAAUUAAACCGGUUUAGAAAUACGUAUACAAAUAUUUACAAACUCAGGGUUUAUUUGUACAUGGUAACAAAGACAUAAAUUUAAAGAUCACAUAUUUUCUCAUUUUUGUCUUUUACACUUACUUACUUUAAAAUAACCCUACUAUAUAUAUUUAUAUAUUUAUAUAUUUGUGUGUAUAAUAUAACAUAGCUUUAUGAACAGAUUCUGGGUGAGAUGGACAUGAUUUUUCUUCUCGUUUUUCUUUUUUUUUUUUUUUACAGGUUUGACUAGAGCUUUGCAUCCUUCAUCGCAAACACACACCUAAAACAACACAAACAGACGUACCCACGCACACACACACACACACACCAGCUCUGUAGACAUUAAAACCGAGUUAUCCUCUGUUUUUGCAUCAGUAUUCCCAAACAUCUGUCUAAACAGCUGAGGUAGAAUCCUUGCAAUGAGUUGGGAGUGACUCUGUUUUGUUUUGUUUUUUUGUCAGCCAGGUGAUUGACACUCAAUCUGGGCUCCAUCCCAGUGAUUGGACAUGCAAAAUGAAAGGACUCAAAGCUAGACACAAACAUGACCCCGUUGAAAAUACGUUUGGAAAAAUAAGGUACAGGGGGAAGGAAAAGGAUCAUCAUGACUUUAAAGAGGCAAACAGUGCUCGCUUUUUACUUCUGUGGCUUACUCUAAGACCGUCAGUUACUUACUGUGACAACAAAACAUAAAAUUAAAUAAAAAAAUAAUCUUUAAAAAUACCUGGUUUGAAACAAUUUCGGUCAAAAAAAAAAAGGCCAUAAAUGUAUGACGCGAUUGCCUCAAAGGAAAAUUCAAGUAAAUUAGUGAAACAAAGGACAUCACUUGUAAACAAAACAACAAAAGGGCACUACAAAUGGAGCUGUACACCACCACCAUUUAUACAAACAGCAACCUUUCACCAAUAAAAGUAAAUCCAAUAAGCGAAUAAAUAUCACAACUCAUUUCUAAACAGUGUGAAUUCAAUUAACCUUAUUAAUGACAGUACUGAACACCGACUAAGAACAACAUUUCAAUAUAAUUAAGGUGCCGAGCGCAUUGUCUCUAGCUCCAUUUUGACUUACGGCGGCUUGUUGUGAUCCCAAGUGCUGCAUUAAGAAAAGGAGGUGUGCACCAUGUUUACAACAAGCCUGAUGCAGGAGCUAAUGCACACACUCAGUGACAAUUUAUACCAGCACUCUCCCUGAUUUACAAAUCAACAGUAGCAGGAAAUUUGCCAAACGCGAAUUUACGUGGGAUCGCAAAGACUUAUUGGAAUAGAGUAGCAACCAUGAGCGGAAUAAAACAUUAUCUUUAAAAACUGAGAUUCAUCACUCUUAACUUUUGGUAUGGGUAGUGUUUGCUACAUAUUCUAUACAACAAGAAAAAAUAUGUAUUAUGUUUUUUGGCCGUUUCUUUUCAAUUUUGAACUCAAAACAGAAGCUGAUGACUAAAAAAAAAAUGUUUGCUAGACUGUACUUGAACAUACAUGUCCGCUGCAGGGCUCUUUUAGAACAUCUCAGUCAAAGGUGUCAAAUAGACUUCAAUGCUUAGCACCAUGGUUGUCUUCUGAUUCUGGAAAAAUUAUAAGCAAUUAAAAAAAAAAUGUCCACGAUAAGAGAAGUGUAAAACAUGACAUAUGUUUUGGGUGAAUAUAUGGCUCAAGAACUGACCUCACAACAACACAGAUGGGGUAACAAUGUUCCCUUCUCCCGAGGAUGGAGCUAGCGUGAUUACACAGGUUCUAAAGAAAGACAACCCCUCCCUCCAGAAAUGACUAAAACAUAAAAAAAUCUUUCAAAGCUGAGUUGUAGGUUUUCAGCAUUGUUUUUAACAGAUAAGGCUUGACGUGUGGCAAAAAAAUGUGGUUGGGGUCUGGAGCCCCCGCCCAAACAUCGUGCUGCUCUGGAAAUUCUUGUGUUCUCUCAUGUGGCGACCCUGCUGGACCAGCUUUGUAUAACAAGGCAGCCUUAAGCGGAACCUUUAAACACGUAUAAGUGUCGGACAUUCUCUUCUUCUGGUUCCACACACAUAGAACGCUGUCAACUAGUCUCCAUAGUGGCUAAUUCCUAUGCUUAGUGCCUUCCACAUCUUAGAGCUCCAUCCAGUGCAACCUUAAUUUAAGGCUUUCUAGUUAACAACACCCACUCCGUCUUAAACGGGCAAUCUCUCAGUUGAGGAAGCGUCGACAUCGCCGGGCCCCACAGUUACAGUUGAGCUUGUUGCUGGCAUCCUCGAUGGGGAACUUGUAAUCGUAAGUGAGCUCCUCUCCCCUGUAGAUCUUCCUCAAAGCAAAGAUGACAAUAUGCUUUCGGCCCUCCACGUUGAUUACUCGCGAGUAGCAGUUGGGCUCACACGAGUGGUUGAUGAAUCUGGCCGCAUUGCCGUGCAUGGUUGCA